AUGCGCAUCUCCGUCGCGCUCCUCUGCACCGUGCUCCUCGCGAUCCAGGCCGUCGCCGCGCCGAUCGAGCUCAUCCGGGAGGCUGGCGAGCAGGACCUGGUCGCGCGCGACUUCGAGGCGCGCGCGGCGAAGAAGGCGCCGGUGAAGAAGCCGGUGGUCAAGAAGCCCGCCGUGAAGAAGCCUGCCGUGAAGAAACCCGCUGUGAAGAAACCCGCAGCGAAGAAGCCCGCAGCGAAGAAGCCCGCCGCGAAGAAACCGGCGGCCAAGCCCGUCGCGGUGGCGAAGAAGCCGGCUGGCACUGCGAAGAAGGCCGCCGCGAAGAAGGCCGCGGCGAAGAAGCCGGCCGCCAAGCCCGCGGCCAAACCCGCCGCGAAGAAGCCCGCGGCGGUGGCCAAGAAGCCUGCCACUGCGGCGAAGAAACCGGCUACCGGUGUGGCUAAGAAGCCCGCGACCGCCGCGGCCAAGAAGCCCGCGACUGCUGCCAAGAAGCCGGCCACCGCUGCGGCCAAGAAGCCCGCCGCUGCCGCCAAGAAGCCCGCUGCCGCUGCGAAGAAGCCCGCGACCGCUGCCGCCAAGAAGCCCGCCGCGAAGAAGCCCGCGACGAAAGCCACCGCCGCCAAGAAGGCCGCCAAAUCUGCCGUGGCAAAGAAGCCCGCCGCGAAGAAGCCGGCCACGAAGGCCACCGCCGCCAAGAAGGCCGCCAAAUCCGCCGUAGCAAAGAAGCCGGCCACGAAGGCCACCGCCGCCAAGAAGGCCACCAAAUCUGCCGCAGCAAAGAAGCCCGCGACCGCGAAGAAGGCGACCAAGUCCGCGGCCGCGAAGAAGCCCGCGGCGUCGAAGAAGGCGGCGCCCUCCGCCGCCAAAUCCGCCGCACCGUCCGCGUCCGCGGCGACGCUGAGCGCCGCGCAGCUCGCGAAGAUCGUCGACAAGACGGGGUGCCCCGUCAACGCGAGGCACGAGUGUUAG